CACAGAUGCGCAUGCAAUUUAACCGUCGUGUAAGAUAACGAGUGUUAAUAUCUAGAGCGUGUUUCAGUACGGGGUAACUUAUACAUCCUAUAUAAAGCGUUUAAGGUUUAUUCACCUACUGUAGUAUUGGAUAUGAAACGUUGACUUUUGCUGACAGUUGUUAUAAAGAUCAGCUAUAAACAAUGUCUGGACGUAAAGAGAUGCGGGCAAUCCGUGUUGCCAACUAUGGUGGACCAGAGGUGUUAAAGGUCGAUCCCAAAAUUCCAGUACCUGUUCCUACUGAUACCCAGGUAUUGGUGGAAGUAAAAGCAGCGGGGGUGAAUCCUGUAGACACGUACAUUCGUAGCGGUUCUUUUGGAACUACAGGUCCGCUGCCAUACACCCCGGGCUCAGAUGCGUCUGGAAUUGUGUCAAAGGUUGGGGCCAAAGUAACUAAGUUUAAGCCAGGGGAUAAAGUGUAUGUUAUAAAGAAUGUUUCCGGCGGCUAUGCGGAAUUCACGGUUGCUGAGGAGACUAUGGUUGGGAAACUACCGACCCAUCUGAGUUUUGCCCAGGGUGCCGGUCUUGGUGUACCAUGCUAUUCAGCAUCUCGGGCAUUCAUAAAAGCGAAAGGUAAAGUGAAGUCAGGAAACACCGUGCUUGUGCAUGGAGCAAGUGGAGCGGUGGGUCUAGCAUGUGUCCAGAUAGGGAAAGCCAAGGGCUUAACAGUCAUUGGAACAGCAGGUACCAAAGAAGGGCUAGACUUGGUUCUUAAGCACGGAGCUGCAAAGGCUUUUAACCAUAAGGAACAGGGCUACAUUGACAAAGUACUGGAAGCCACAAAUGGAACGGGACCAGAUAUCAUCAUAGAGAUGUUGGCCAACGUGAAUCUUGCUACAGACUUGAAGAUAAUCAACAAGGGAGGCAUCAUCGUGGUCGUUGGAAGCAGGGUAAUGCAGAGAUCGCCCCAGGUUUACUCCUGUUUAAAGAGUCCAUAGUAACUGGGUUUGCACUGUGGAAUGCCCCACCAGAGGAAUGGAUAGAAAUGCAUCAAGUGAUAUCAGAAGGACUUACUAAACGCUGGCUCGUACCCAACGUCCAAAAGGAGUAUAAGCUGGAAGAGGCCUCGUUAGCACAUGAAGAAAUUAUCAACAAUCCUGGAACAACGGGCAAUAGGAUUCUCAUUAUUUAACUUCAAGUACUCAUGUUCAAAACUUUCAAUUAAAUUAUGCUUGUUCUUUCAAACAAGUGUUUUGUUACGUUUUGUAAUUGUAACAAUUUGUAUGUGUUUAUUAAUGUUGUGUGCUCGGUAGUGUGUUUAUAAAUAUGAGACAUUGGAUCUAAAUUAACAUUAUUGUUGUAAAAAUCGACAUGAACUAUUUGUUCCACAUACGUAUUUUUUGCUGUAAAGGUUCCUUAUACUUAUACAACAAUUAUAAGUGGUUCGCUAAGAGGUCAAAUUUCACAGUCAAAAGUCAAUAAGAUAUCAUUUCAUAAUGCAAAAUAUUAGAUCUCGUAUUUUCAUAUUUUAACAAACAAAUAUAUAUUAACCUUCUUACUAUUUGAUUAGAGCAUUAUAAAACGUUGUUUUAAAUUUAAAUGUAUAUAAGUAUGUGUAUUUUGUGUGUGUUUGAAGGGUUCGUUGUGCAUAUUUCCAUUGUUAAUGUUUUCGAGUUGGUGAUAUAAAGCCAUUGUUAUUAUGAUCUGAUACAUUUUGUAUUAUUAUCAAUAUGGUAGUGCUUUAAGUUUUUUAAUAAGCAGACGAUAUAAACAAGUAGUUGUGUUGUUUUUUUAAACAUGUAGGAUGUUUUUCUCGCGCAAUGUAGCAUAGGUUUCAUGCCAUGUGAGUGUUUUAGCAAACCCUUGCUCUUCGUAACUUCGAACUAGUUAUAUACGUGAGAGGUCCAGCGUUGUUUGUACAUAGGGAAUAGAUGUGGCUUUCCAUAGAGGUGGAAGUCCGGAUUAUAAUGUUUAUUUCCAUUGAAUUCGGAUAAUAAUGUUAAUUUUAAUUUUAUUCGAACAGAUCUUUAACCCCAAGUAUAUCUUAACACAAUGCAAUACGAUACGGUGACAAUAUCACAAUCUUGCCCCCAAACAAGAAUUUUUAAUUAAAAAAUUUCUCAAACAAUGCUACAAGAUCACAAACUCGUGUUCGCUUUAUUUAUGUGCAAUUUUAUAUAACCAUUUCAAUCGGUUUAAUUUUAUGAUAGCGUUAUUUCAUUUAUACUGGGUUAGCUUUAUGGCAUGAUUGCUAUAGAAAAUAGUUGUUCAUAAACAACAAAUAACAAAGUUUAUUUUUAGUAUAAAUUAAUAUUAUCAUGUUUAUACUACGUAAUAUGCGAACACCAGAAGACGGCAAUGUUGCCAUACCGUGUGGUAUGUUUCGUCAUUCUAGGCUAGCACGCAACGUACGAUUGUUUGCUCUUAAUUACCUUUGCGGUAAAACCUAAAAGGAAUUUUUCACGUUGUGUCAAGUCUAUGAUAGCAAUCAUUUAAAUGUUAUACAAUCAUACCGCAUCUAUAAGCAAAAACACAUUGUUUUAUAAUCAUUGUUGAAUAUAUGUAUCACACUCUUUUAAAAGAAAACACACCCACACUCAUGUUAAUAAUUAAGAUACAAGUUAGGUGUACAAACUUUCACAAAAAAUCUAAUGAUACGAAAAAUAUUAAAGUCUAAAUAGUCUGUCAGUACGAGUCCAAGUCACUUGUUAUGGUCUGUGUAUUCAAUAUUUGUCAGCAAUAACAAGAGUCAAUAUGUACUGGAGGUUUGGCAUUACAUAUACAUACUUUGUCUAAGAAAUCAGAAUCACAGCAGCAAAUACUCCAGCCGCACGCAAGGAAUGUAAUGCAUACCUUUCACAUGAGAUAUUGUAUUCAUGUAUAGAGACUACAUUUAAUGAAGACAUGCAUAGUUUCAACAUCGAAGUCCGCACAACAUGGCAUGCGGCCUCGGAUAUGCUUUGUCCGAUUGAUGCGUGCGUUGUAACGUCCUUAUCAUCAACCACGUCUGUAUAUAGAAACACAGUCCGGUAAUGAGAUUUCGCGACCGCGCAAAUUUGUCGCGCGUUAGAUUGCUUUUGAAAUCGACGCGUUUUUCUGCGUGAAACUCAUUGAAUGCAAGCUUAUAUCAGCUCAAUAGCCAAUGCAGCAUCAUACUUUUUUAACCUGUAUUUACUUAGUAGAGUGAUUUUUGUCGGUGAUUGCAUUGAAAGAGAUCUUAACCAUGUGUUGAAAACUAUCAAGAAACUAAUAAAAUAUUCCACAUA